AUUCUUUCUUGAAAUUUCUCUCUCAUCUUGGCCCUGUUAAAACCUGCAAAAACUAUUCAUUUGAACGUCAGUAAUAACCUUCAGCGUCAUGGCCCUUGGAAUCUUCGGUCUCCUGGAGAUCAUGCUGCUCUUCGUCAAUGCAGUCGCCAUCUUGAACGAAGAACGCUUUCUUGCACGGAUUGGUUGGGCCCGCCAAGCGGUGGAUCCAUACGCCCAAGAAUCUGUCAAGGCCAGACUUGUCAACUUGAUCUCUGCAGUUCGAACAUUGAUGAGAAUUCCACUUAUUGGCCUUAAUAUUAUUGCAAUCCUUUAUCUUGUCAUCCUCGGAUAAUAACAUGCAUGUGGUAUCAUCACAAAGACACGUGUGUCGGCAAAUAGAGGUUGUCAUGGUAAAUGGGUAAUGGCAAAAAUCAGCAGUUUUUAACGAUCCUCUCUGGCACUGCUAUACUUGGUACAUAUACUCGGUUUCUUUUUCUGAUCCAACUAUCAACUGCCAUUUAUCAUACCCAACUUCGUCUACAUUCUAUCGCUACUAAAUCAACCACCCCUUUAUCAUCUAGAUUUUUGUCAUUACCUCCUUCCAUUCUCAUUAAAGUGACUGUUGCAAUC